AAUGAACAAAAUGCAAAACCUGCUUGCGCGUUGUGUAAAAAAAUGUAAUGAAAACGGUAAAAACUAUGAUGAUCGAUAUCUUAUAACAGUAUGAGUUUAUUUCUGAACAUUAACUUCAAGUUAACAGUGACGGCUUGCCGAUUGGACACAUCCUUGUUCUGUUCUUUAGACAAUCAAUAAAAAUCAGAUUAAUGAUUUUUAUAUAAUUAGGAAAUCGUAGUAAAAUUGAAAAAAAUUUAUAUAAAAUAAAAGUUUUAAUAUUUUUUGCGCGUAAGAAUAAAAAAAGCAUUCUUUGCAAUAACUAAUUCUCUCUCUCUAACAAUAAUCCAUAAUUAUCUAAAUACUUUUUGUGUAAGACCGUUAAGUGUUAAAACCAUUCUGCCAGUUAAUGUACGUGCGAUCAUGAGAGAUCAACAUGUUUAUCUGACACUUAAUGUUUACAAUGACUAUCGGUUAUCGGUAGAAUUGUCAGUUUUCACGGACCCGUCUAAGAGAUAUAUAAGGCAACAUGAUGUUUUUGAAGCUGUUAUUAAGCGUCACUGUGAUAUUCACCGGUAACCAACAGAUAAUUGCGGUAAUCAACAGAACUUAUGACCAUUGCAAAAUCGCCUCUCCUUAUGACAAUAUACCGCUUAAUGAAACGACACCAACGCUUUAUAAUAUCGAUUUGAACAUGGAAAAUAACUUAGUAAUUCUUGGCGAAUCCAACAUCUUUCUCACAGUUUCUCGUACAACCAAACGCAUUAUUUUACAUGCUUGCGAAUUGCAAAUAGAUGUUAAAUCAAUAGUGCUCACUUCACAAAGUAUAACAACCUACGGAUGGGAUAUAAGACACGAAUAUUACCAGUAUGUUUACUGUCAAAUAGCGCAAAACAUUGAACUGAUUUUUAAAGAUGACAUAAAUCCAGGAAAAUAUAACUUACGCAUAAAAUUCAAAUUGCCUUCGACUGAUAAUAAAGACUUGAUCUUUUAUGAUCAAAACUUCUGGUUACCGAUGAUACGAACUGAAUUGAACUCAGCGCGCAGAAUAUUCCCAUGCUGGGACAAUCCGGGAGCAAAGGCACGAUUUAACAUCUCAGUGAAACAUUCUGUGUCCUAUACGAUCUUGUCAAAUAUGCCAGUAUCGCACGUAGCCGACGAACAAAAUGGCAUGAAAAGGAUAUACUUCACCAAGACUCCCAUGAUAGCUCCUCGUGAAGUGGCAAUUGCGUUGGUCGCUAAUGUAAACAGCAAACGGAGCUAUAUAACUUCUGGAGUGACUCUAUGGUAUCGACAGCAAGUGGACGACAACCAUUUGGAGUAUAUGUUUCACACAAUUGAAAAUUGCAAGAAAAUAUUUGACACGUACAUUGGAAAUAAUAAAAUGACGUUGAAAACAGACUAUGUCUUGGUGCCGAAUAUUCCUAUGAAAGUUAUGGGAUAUCCUGGACUCGUUAUUUGCAGAGAACGAGAUUUUACGUAUAAUGUAGAUUCAGAUUAUUCUGGUCGUAAGAGCCUUAUAUUGAAUUUACUAGGACAAGAAAUGGCACGUCGAUGGUUCGGGGGAAUAAUCAGCCCGUCUUCGUGGUCUGAGGUUCUGUCUAGCCAGAUCAUCGCGUCGUUUCUCCAUCUUAUCUUAACAGAGAACCUGCAAAACAAAGCGAUACAGAAUCUUUACGCAGUUCAAAUAGUGCAGUCUACUUUUCAUCACGAUUUUGCUCUCAAUAUGAAAUCUCUUUUAUAUAAGAUUGACAGCGUUGAUAAAAUCGAAAAAGACCUUUACUUUCGCAUGUAUUGCAACAAAGGAGUCGCCUUACUACGAAUGUUAUAUUAUUUAAUCAGCCCGGACAACUUUCGAACUGCUAUCCAGACGUAUUUUAUCAAUAAUGACCAUACUUCGUUCAAACUCAACAAUUUAUGGAAUAUUGUCCUUGCCAAAGAAAACAAUGUAUGGGUCCAUGGAAUACAGGAAGUAAUAGACAAAUGGUUGAUGCUGUCUUCCAUUCCGCUAGUGUACGUUGACCAUAAUAAUAAAAGUAACACGGUGUAUAUUUCGACAGACAAUUACUGUGAUUACUGUAUAUUACCUAUAACUUACAUCACGAAGUCAAAUCUCAAUUCUGGCUAUGCUUGGAAUGUCACUUGGCUUGACAGUUUUGAGACUAAAACCAUCUCUAAAAUCGCUGAUGAUGAUUUCAUCAUAGUCAACUUGGAGCAGUCUGGAUACUAUCGCGUUAAUUACAAUCUCCAGAAUUGGCUGAAAAUUAUAUCUUACCUGAGCGUACAUGAUUACACGCUCAUACAUGUCAACAAUCGCGCACAACUAAUCGACGAUGCGUUUUACUUUACGAUGCAGGGACAACUCGUACCCUCUGUUUUCUCGAAACUCAUCUCAUCAUAUCUGCCGCGGGAAACGAGUUAUAUAGCGUGGUAUCCUUUGUUUAAUAUUAUGUUGCGCAUGUCAACGUUCCUCCAGUUACCAGAAGGUGAAGAUAUGAGGAAAACCAUACUGAAUUCGUUAGGAACUCUUCUGAAGAUCAUAGGAUACAAAGAAGAUUUCAAUGAAGACAAUAUGAUGAAGUCGUUAAGAUUAUUAGCAGUAAGAUGGGCUUGUAGAUUAGGUCUUAAAGAAUGCAAGGAUGCCGCCUCUUCUAGACUAUUGAUUCAUUUCAACAUGCCUUAUAUACCAAUUCUAUCGUGGUGGGAAGAAUGGGUAUAUUGUACAGGUAUGGAAACGGCAUCUCUAGGAACUUGGCGAAAAUGGAUGAAUAAAUGUAUUAUAAAGCAAAAUGAAACGUGCUUUACUUAUUUGGCUUGCGCUGGCAAAGAAGACGUCCUCAACUAUUAUUUAUUAAUGCUUUUGGGGAUAAAGAAAAUGGACGAAUUCAUGAAAGAAGCAGGGAUCCUGACGCUUUUUCAUACUUUAUUUAAAAAACAAGCGAGUAACUAUUGUAUGCUUACGAACUUCGUAAAAAAUCAGAACAAAAUAAAUAACAAGAUUUAUGGCCACGAUGUGGAUCUAACUAUGUUGUUAAGAGAAGUAAUUGGGACUAUAUAUACCGAGGACGGUCUCAAAAUGAUGACGAAUUAUAUUCAAGGAUUGAAAUUUAAGAACGAGACACGAUCGCGUCUAUUUUAUGACCUGAUCGAUUUACGGCUUGCCGAACUGACUCGAGCAGUCAAGAUAUUUCAAAUAUUUGUGGGAGCCAAUCUCGUAUAAUUUCACCACAGGACGAAUCAGUUGUAUUCUUUCACGAUUGUAUAUUCAUACAUACAACUGCGAGCGAAUAAUUACAUAUUAAUUAUUACUUUGUUAUUUAAUAAAUUAUAUUAUAUUGAAA